CAGUUUAAUUUUGUACUUCGUAUCGAUUAAAAGUGCGGUGUUCGCUCCCUGCUGGACUAAAAGAAAUAUUUUUCUUUGCUGGCAUCAAUCACGAAUUUUAUUAAUUUUUAGCUCUUUGUCAAAAAGGAAAUUUUUAUAUAAAGAAAAGUGAUUUUUUGAUAAGAAAAAUAAAGAAAAUCUUGCAAAGUUAAAAAAGAAAUAAGAUCAAAAAGGAAAAGAAAGUCGUGUGCGUGCAUCUUGAAAGUGACCUCAAAGCUGUAAAAAAAAACUAGUAAGAGAAGAAAGACUUAUCAAUCGCAACAGAAAAGUCCACAGAUAUUAUAUUAUUUUCACACAAAUUUCCCAUCAUUUUGUGUGUUUGUGACUGACCAUUUGAAGUGUGAACUGAACGAAUCAACAAGAUAGAGAGAAGAAAGUAAGAAGAUCAAUCUGCACGCACAACAAUGUCGUCAACUUUGGCCGAAUUGAACAAUCUUACGCGCGAGAGAAGACUGCGUGAGUUGACAAAGACCUUCCGUGGCAUUGAGAGACCCCUCAAAAAUGCAAAAACCGUCGAUUCAUUGGCUGAUUUAAUCACCGAAUUGCAUCGUGUCUUUGAGAAGGAUCACGUUAAUAUUGAGUAUGUGAAUCAUUUGUUGCUGAGCUACAAAUCCAACCCUGUUGAUUGGAUUAAAUUUACAUCAUUCGAUAGAUUUAGGUACACACGCAACUUGGUGGAUUCAGGAAAUGGUAAAUUCAAUCUCAUGAUAUUGUGUUGGGGCGAAGGACACGGAUCGGCAAUACAUGAUCACGCUGAUUCGCAUUGCUUCAUGAAAAUGCUAAUGGGUGAGCUGCAAGAGGUGCGAUAUGCCUGGCCCACGAAGAAACUCCAAGAAUUGGAUGAAGAGGUGACUGCUGACAUUGGGAUCCUCGAUGAGGGAAGUGGCUACAGCAAGGGUGAAGAGCUCAAGGAGAUUUCUCGCAAAACUCUCGAGUUCAAUGGGGUUUGCUACAUUAAUGACACUCUCGGCUUGCACCGUGUUGAGAAUCCAAAUAAUUCCAAUGUGGCCGUAUCAUUGCAUCUGUAUUGCCCACCAUUCGAUAGUUGUUCAGUGUUCAAUAAGAGCACCGGCAAGAGAACCAGCUGCAAUGUAACAUUUUGGAGCAAGUACGAGAAUGGUCAGCCCAAGUGAAUGAGGAUAUAAUUUUUUUUUCUGUAGUUGUUAACUGACGUGAUUUUGUUCCAUGGAAAUAAAAUCCUUAACAUUAAUAUUUUUUAUGAUAUUUGUUGUACAUAAAAAAGUUGAUUUAAGAACUAAAGGUGUAUGUGUUUACUAUAGGUGAAAAAAAGCUCUUACAAUAAUUAACUAAUGUAAGGUAAAAGUAGAAGAAAAUUGCCAUUGGCAAGUAAUUUUAAAUAUAGAAGAACAAAAAAGCAAAAAUACAAAAAUAAAUGUAAAACUAAUUAUGUAUAAAAAUUAAAUGGAAAUAAAAUCUUAAAAAUAAUGAAAAAA